UACACCCAUUAAACAUUGACAUUAUAAUACUGUUAGCAUUAAAUGUGGUAUUAUAAUGUCGAUAAUACAAUUAAAGAAAAGUGUAAAAAGAAAAUAAACACUUAAAAUUCCAUUUUUCAUCAGUCAAACACACCACCGUUUUGGUAAAAUUCCCAGGAAAGUCGAAAGAGUUCAAAUGAACCCCUCAAGCUAUACCCUUGAUGGACCAUUCAACUGCGAAAACAGCCACCUGGAAAAAUAUUCGUGCAAAAAUUGCGACUUCCAAACAGAUCUAACCGUACUUCUGAAACAACACAUUGAUGACCGUCACGGCGUUAAAAAAGAAUAUCAUGUUGAUAUUAGUGUCCCCAGUUAUAUUUGUAAAAAGUGCGACUUUGAAACCCACUCCUGCAUCAAAAGACUUCACCACUCGACAGAGUGCCUUCACAGUAAAGACAACCGAAAAAUACUUGAAGACAGACCCAGGAACCGCCGCUGGCACAAAUGCACCCACUGCGACUACAAAUCCAAAAACGUGUGUAACGUCAAAGGUCACAUAAUCUCGAAGCACUUAAAAGACGACGAAUUAACGUGGUAUCAGUGCGACAAGUGCCCUUAUAAGGGCCGUUUCAAGAAAAACCUGCGUCGCCACGAGCACGCCAACCACAUAGAAGACGAAAAAGUCAAGUGGUACGAAUGCAAACUGUGCCCUUACAAAUCCAAAUUCCAAGCAUCCCUAACCUGGCACAAAAAGGCCACACAUCUAGUCGGAACGAACAUAAAACUGUACGUUUGUGACCUCUGCCCUUACAAAACUUGCCGAAUAGGAAACUUUCGCAGACACAGUACUAGCAAACACGUCACCCACAAUCCCCAUUUAGGCCCUAACAAGAUCUACACGUGCGACCAAUGUCCAUAUCAAACUCGCAAAUCGUCGAAUUUCCAAAGACACUUAACCAGCAAACAUAUCAGUGACAACGAAAUCGAGUGGCACCACUGUGACAAAUGUUCGUACAAAUCCAAGUUUAAAAGCACGUUGAAGCUCCACACGAAGGUGGUGCAUCCCGAAGAGAAGGACAUCACGUGGCAGAAGUGCGAGCACUGUGCUUAUCGGACGAAAUCGGCCAAAGUCUUAAAGAGCCACGUAAGAAAUAAGCAUUCAAGUGAUGAUGAAAUUAGAUGGUUUUAUUGUGAUAAGUGUGCACACAAAACUAAACACAAAUACGCGUUGCAGGUGCAUUUGAAUAAUAAACAUUUGAGUGAAAGUGAAGCGGAGUGGUAUCAGUGUGAGGAAUGUCCAUUUAAGAGUAAAUUGAAGACUCGGUUGAAUGUCCACGUGCGCCAGUUUCACUUGGAUCAGAAAGAUAUUAAGUUGUAUGAGUGCGAGCAGUGUCCGUACAAAGCGAAACAGUCGAGGUGUUUGAAAGACCACGUUAUUAUGAAACAUUUGAGCGAAAGUGAAAUUCAGUGGUAUCAGUGUGAGGAGUGUCCAUAUAGGGGAAAGUUGAAGAAGUUGUUGCAGAAACAUGUCGCUACGGUACAUUUACGGAGAAGAAAAGGGCCGUAUUUUGAUUGAAGUUGGCGUGCCCCCUGGCAGAUGUAUAUUUUUUGUAUUUUGAAAAUGUUUGAUUGUUUUAAUAAAUUUUUGGUCUGUUGUCA